GCGGGACACGGAGCGGUCUCCCGGGGGCGCGGUGCGGGGCUCUGCCUCAAGCUGAGGCGGCGCACGAGACAGGGGCGCGGAGGGCUUCAGGGCGGAGCGGCAGCGGCGGCGCGGACGAGCCCACAAUGCAGCUUCCCCCGCGCCCCCCGCCCCCCAGCGACUGCGGAGAAUGUGCGCCUCCGGCUGCCGAUAGCAGCCGGAGAAUAAACCCCGAUGAUCUAGGGUUGAUCCCGCGCCCGCUACCAUGUCGGUGGCUUUCGCGUCCGCCCGGCCGAGAGGCAAAGGCGAGGUCACGCAGCAAACCAUCCAGAAGAUGCUGGACGAGAACCAUCACCUGAUCCAGUGCAUCCUGGACUAUCAGAGCAAGGGCAAGACGGCCGAGUGCACCCAGUACCAGCAGAUCCUACACCGGAACCUGGUCUACCUGGCCACAAUCGCAGACUCCAACCAGAACAUGCAGUCUUUGCUGCCUGCCCCACCAACGCAGAGCAUGACGCUGGGCCCGGGAGGGCUGUCCCAGAGCGGCUCAGCCCAGGGCCUGCACUCGCAGGGUAGCCUCAGCGAUGCCAUCGGGGCCGGCCUGCCACCCUCCUCCCUCAUGCAGGCCCAGAUCGGCAACGGUCCAAACCACGUGUCCCUGCAGCAGACGGCACAGAGCACGCUGCCCACCACCUCCAUGAGUAUGUCGGGCAGUGGCCAUGGCUCGGGGCCCGGCUACAGCCACUCGGGCCCUGCCUCGCAGAGUGUACCCCUGCAGAGCCAGGGCGCCAUCAGCAACUACGUGUCCCGGGCCAACAUCAACAUGCAGUCCAACCCAGUGUCCAUGAUGCACCAGCAGGCAGCCUCGUCUCACUACAGCGCGGCACAGGGCGGAAGCCAGCACUACCAGGGCCAGUCCAUGGCCAUGAUGGGCCAGAGCGGGCAGGGGGGCGGCGUGAUGGGGCAGCGGCCCAUGGCGCCCUACCGGCCCUCCCAGCAAGGCUCGUCCCAGCAGUACUUGGGCCAGGAGGAGUACUACGGCGGUGAGCAGUACGGCCACGGCCAGGCUGCUUCGGAGCCCAUGAGCCAGCAGUACUACCCCGAUGGACACAGCGACUAUGCCUACCAGCCGGCAUCCUACACAGAGCAGAGCUACGACCGGUCAUUUGAGGACUCCACGCAGCACUACUACGAGGGCGGAAACUCACAGUACAGCCAGCAGCAGACAGGGUACCAGCAGGGAACAGCCCAGCAGCAGACGUACUCCCAACAGCAGUACCCCAACCAGCAGAGCUACCCCGGACAACAGCAAGGCUACGGACCUGCCCAGGGUGCCCCCUCACAGUACUCCAGCUACCAGCAGGGACAAGGCCAGCAGUACGGAAGCUACCGUGCAUCCCAGACGGGCCCGUCCGCCCAGCAGCAGCGGCCUUAUGGCUACGAGCAGGGCCAGUACGGAAAUUACCAGCAGUGAAGGACCUGUGUCUAUGAGGAAUCCUGAGGUGGCACGUCCGCCCAGGAUGGACAGGCCAGUGACAGUUCUGAGGGGCUGUGACCUGUAGGCUGCCCCUCGUCUCACGCAGCGUCUGCUUGUGAAGCGCACACUUUUCAUGUGGGGUAGGACACCGAGCGUGCACGCUGGUGCCAGAUGGCGCUUUGAUGGUGUGACAUAUUUGGUGCUGUGUAUAGUAUUGUAUGUCCAUACAACGGAGAGGUUGUCCCUUUUUGUCCCCCCAUCCAUGUUUCUAGCUAGCUUUAGGGGUCCCUUUGUCAUUGGAGUCUUCUCUGCCCAGUGAUGGGACAAACCUACCAGAGGCCACAGUCCGCAUGUUCUUAUGAACAGACCUGAGGUCUGACUCUCCUCUCAUGUUUGUACUGGGGGUUGUAAACUUGUCUCUCACUGGCUGCACUGCCCCUGGAUGGCAGCCUCUUUCUUCCUGGUCCUCAAGGCAGGGGAGUUGGGCAGGCAUUUUCUGUGGUUUGCAUUAGUCUUUGUUACCCAAUGGAAAGGAUAAAUAAGCUUCACUUGGAGAGGCCUUGAACCUUGAUUUCCAGACCUCGUUCCUUAGCUGUGUCUCUCACCGGUUCUGUUUAUCCAAAAAGUUACAUGUUUUUGUAUUACAAAGUAAAGAGGGAUCAAUGACUUUGUUCCAAAUAAGCAGGAAUCCAAGAAGGCAACUGUGAUCAGCCUCACCCAGGGAGAGCGGUGUUAACUGAAGGAAGGAGAGGGUAGUCCUCUGGAAUUACUUUGGGUUUGACCCUUGUUUAUCGGAUGGUCGUUUCUGGAAUUUUAAUAUGUAAUAUGCUCAAUUCUAAAUUCAUAAUUUAAAAUAGUGACACCGAAUUCUCCAAAGAGUUGGCAAGUUAUUUUAUACUUCUUCCAGGACCUGCUUAUUCAGAUCGCCAAGCGAGCGUUCCUUUUCAUUUAGGAAUAUCUGAAAUUCACAUCUUAAAGAGAACACCACUGAUUUCACUGUGUUCUUCCUAAAAAGAAGGAAAGCUCUAACGUAGAGAAAUUUGAGUCGUUUUUACAUUCCUAGGACAUUAAAUGCCAUUUAAAUUCUGCGCAAAUGUUAAAGAUAGCUCAUGUGGAAAAGUCAGGUCAAAGGAAAAGUUAUACAUUUCACUAGUAAGUCAUACAGACAUUUUAUCAACCUUUACUUGGAUAAUAAUACCCAUAUUUAUUAUGGCCCCUUUAAAAACAUCUUUGGGUAAAUGCUGACAUAUUUCCAAGAACCAAAAAAUUUAAAAAAAAAAUCCAAUUCUUGAUAUCAAGUCUACUGAAGUUGAUGUUUUAGUGAAGUCUUAUGUUUUAAAAUUUUAAGGUAGUACUUUAUCCAUAAUUGGAUGCUUUGCAGUCUAGAAGACAUUUUUAAUGUGUUUCUAGCAGAAUGAAUUCCGUCCCCACUGGGAACAUGGCGACAGUUACUGUUGCUGUUUUACAGAUGAAGCACCAGGGCUCAUUGAAGGGACAGCUGGGGUCCAGUACAAGUCCUGUUCUAGGACGUUCUGCCCUUUUCUGUGGAGACAGAAUCACAGGGACAGUGGGAUAGAAAUGUUUAUUUUGUAGACUUUCGGGUUUUAGAAACCCUUAAUACUAGUAAGGGCUUAAAAAAUACAUCUCUAUAUUAAAUUGCUUAAGUGAGAGCCCUUAAUUGCUAAAUGACACAGACAUUAGCAAUUUCAAUUUAGGGAGUCAUUUCCCUUCAUUUUGUUCUGUUCUUUCCUGACAAUUUUCAUAGAAGUAAUUUGCAAACUCAAUCGGGGAUUAAAAUUUCCUGUUGAAAAUGUUAAAACAUUUGAGAACUGUGAAAAUAGUUUAUUUUUAUUCUUUGCCAAUAUGGGAAUAUGCCUUUUGUGUGUGUGUGUGUUUUUUUAAGUGCUGUAUUAAUACUUUUUGAAGGAAAAGGACACUUGAAAAAAUCUUAUCCCAAAACUUCAAUCUGAAAUGUCUUACAUUAAGAAUUUCUUGAAUGUUGUGUAUAUAUUUUAAAAAGCACUUUGUGAAAUAGUUUGUACAUUUAUUUCCUAAUUUAUACAUGAUUGUUGGUGUUAAUAUAUUUAAUGAUUAAUAACAAAA